AUGUAUCGGAUGAGCUUGUGUGACGUAUUCGAUCAUUUGGCCCUAGGUCGAUCGAAUUCGUUGAUGGCCACUGCCCAAAGCUCGAUCGCGCAUGAUCGGAUUCCGAGGACGCUCCCGUUCGUGGCCGAGGCGGGUAGGAAUGAACCGACGAUGAAUCCGAGGUGGCUGAGAUUGAAUCGCGUCGACCUGGGAAGGACGAUUGAGAUCCCGUCAGGAACGAGUUGGCGGUGCGGUUGGAGUGGUUCAGAGGUGGCGCUCCACCUUGAGGGAGGAGCGGCAUCGACGCGGUGGAGAGAUCGCCGAUUGUCGUCGAGUUGGAGAAAAGGGAUGCUGUCCCUCUUGGACUACCACCGGACGAUGAGGCGAAGGAGGAUAAGGAGUUGCGAUUCGGGUUGCGUAAAUGAGCGCUCGUCGACGAGCCGCCGGGAGCUGCACCCCCGAACGCGUGGGCCAAUCCGCCGUUCGGCUGCAGCGAUGACGAUGCAUUCGAUACGAUCGACCCUCUUCGAGUGGGGUUAUGUUCAACGAUUGAGGAUGACACGACGGACACGGCUCGAGAGUCGCCAAAAGGUGCGAGCGAUCCGGACGAGUUGGAAUGGGCGAUGCUCGUGA